UUGACAUUUGAUUUAUCCAAUAUAUUUCAAAUUGCAUUUUUCAAAAGAAUUAGAUUCUUUUUGGUUUAUUAUUAUUUGCAACGGAUUUUUCCUUUAUUAUUGACAAAGGCAUGUUAUAUAGUGGCUAUAGAAAUGAUAUUUUUAAAUCUGUGGUCUAUAUUAGAAUGGUACCUGAGACCUUUCAUCAAAUGGUUUUUUCGUAAAACAACGCGUUUGUGUGAAUUACAAAGAAUUUGUUAUGGAGAUAAAUCUGGAGCUGCAAGAACGUGCAAUAUUGAAAAGUCUUUAAUGCUAUCAAGAACACAAAAUGUGAAAGAAGUAGUUUCCUAUUUGGAUUCCACAGUUUUAGAGAAGACGUUCGUUCCAGCUAACUUUCGAGAUAUUUUAGACCCAUCUAUAUCAAUAAUACUGAGAGUUAAAAAAAUAAACCCAAAGCUUCAUACAUCCUUUGUUUACUCCUUUAGACGAUGUUUAGAACAAAUUUGGAGUUACAGAAGUCUACUAAAUGAUGUGGAGGAUCUUCGAACAUUGCAGUUUGAUAGUAACAAUGAAUUGCAUGAAGAAAAGCUGUUGAAUUUGUGGUCUCGUUUAGUGCCUGAUACACCACUAGAAAGUAGAGUAACUAAGCAAUGGCAGCACAUAGGAUUUCAGGGUGAUGAUCCCAAGACUGAUUUUCGUGGUAUGGGAAUGUUAGGACUUGAAAAUCUUCUAUUUUUUGCUACAGAGUAUCCUGAAAUAUCAAGUCAUGUGCUAAGUCAUUCACUCCACCCUACAUAUGGUUACACUUUUGCAAUUGUUGGUAUUAAUAUAACAUCAAUGGCUUACUAUCUCUUAAAAGAUGGAUCUGCCAAGACUUACAUGUUUAAUGCUAAGCGAUGUUUACCUAACAUAGAUUUAUUUCACAGGUUUUAUUGCUAUUUAUUUUAUGAGUUUGAUAAAAUGUGGAUCGAAUCUAAACCAGAAAAUAUUAUGGAGUUUUCAAUGAUUUUUAGAAAAUUUGAAAAUGCAGUUCGCAGUGAACUAGCUGAUCCUGCCUCAGUUUUUAGAAUAAAAGUAGAAGUUGACACUAUAUAAUUAUUUUUCUAGUCUUAUUUAUUAUUUGCAUGUUAAAUUUUAGUGAAAUUUACAUUUGACACUAAGUACAAGGUAAAAUUAUCCUUACACAUGUCUGGACAAGCACUUUUUUGAGUGAUAUGUGCUAAAACAUGCUACUUUUUUCUUUGUAUUAGGGAAUACAUACAACACUGUAAAACUAAAAGUACUUAUAUAAAAUGUCUAUGUGUGAAGCUUAUAUGUCUUGAACAUUUCAUAGCUUUAUUUUUUUUUAGAAAGGAUUUUUACUAUUAUAAAAUAAAUAAGUUCCCACUUCAAUUUAAAUUUGUUUCAGUUGUUUUAUAUUAACUUUAUGUGAUCUGAGCAAUAACUGAGUAUAUUGUAGAUAUAUUUUUAGCACAAUAUAAUAAAUAUUUGCAAUAAUUUACUGCUUAUGAGAAUGCACAAUGUUUUUUGAAAUAUACACUUUAAACAAUAUAAUUUUUAUUUUACAUCAAGAAAAAACAACAUCCCUGCAACAUAACCCAAAAUGUUCCUUCCUAAAUUGAUUCAAAUUCUAACUAAUACGCAUCUUAACAGGUCAAGCUAUGUGAGAAAUACUAAGAAUGAUUAAAAAAUUGUUAGAACAUUGUCCAGUGAUUUUGUGCUUUUCAAUAUCAGAUAUUGUAUUAGAAGUAUUAACUCAUAAUCUUAGACCCACACUGUAGCAGUAAACACUUAUUAAAAUUAAUAAAAAUUUCAAAAGCAGCAAAACAAGAAAAUAUCAUACAUAUUUUAUUUUAAAAAUAUAUUAUAUAUAAAAUUACAAAAUACAUAUCCUCAAAUGAAAGCACCAGUGACAAAAA